GGCUGUGGCCAUAUCACGAUGGAAUGGAAUGAACGAGAACAAGGAACGCCGAAAGAAAAAGCGUGUCCACAUACUCCUCCAUUCACCGCCUCUGCCGCUCACACGUCUACACCUGACGAAGUGAACGCGGCACACAGAUUUGGCUUUGCUGAAGAAUCCGGCUCCUUUCAUUUGUUAGAAGGAUCCCAGAUCUAGAUGCAGCAGCGCGAUCUGAAACCGUGUUGUCGGCCAGCCAAGCUGCGGAGUACUUAGUAUUUGUUUAGUCAAAUUUGACGGUGGAAACCGAAGCUGCCAUUGCCAGUACCGCUGCUGCUAGAGGCUAUCUGCUGCCUGCCGACUGCCGGGCCUACCUGGUCAAACUUCGCGAGCAGGGGGAAGAAGACGAAGCCGCGCCCGUGCGCCGAGCCUGGGGUGUGGGGUCGCGUCGCAUCGCGUCCGCCCUUCGCCGCAGCCGUCGGUCCGGGUCCGGCCCUCCCUAGCGCGGCGAUGGAUACGGAGGCGGUCCCGGCGCUGGCGGUGGUGACGCGCGGUUCUGCGCGGCUGGGCGCGGCCACGCUGGCCGUGGCCAAGGCGCUGAGCAUGUCCGGCAGCGACUUCGCCGUCACGGACGCGGCCACGGGCGCGCCCGUGCUGCGCGUCGACGGCGUGCUCUUCAGCCUGCGCCGGCGCUGCGUGCUCGUCGACGCCGACCGCCGCCCCGUCCUCACCGUCCAAGAAUCGGCGCUGAUGCUGAACACGCGGUGGAAGGUGUUCCGGGGCGACAGCACCCGCCGGCGGGACCUCAUGUUCAGCGUCGUGAAGCCGUCCGUGAUCCAGCUGCGGGGCCCCACCAAGGUCAGCGUCUUCCUCGCCAGCAACGACGCCGAGCAGGCCUGCGACUUCAGGAUCACCGGCAGCUACCACGACGGCGCCUGCGCCGUCUCCCUCGGCGACUCCGACACCGUCAUCGCCAAGAUCGACCCGCGGUUCAGCGUGGUCAGCGCGCUGCUGGGGAAGAACUCGUACAGCGUCACCGUCAACCCGGGGAUCGACUACGCCUUCGUCGUCGCGCUCGUCGUCAUCCUCGACGAGAUGCAUUACCAGCGAUGACACGCACGCUUCAGUUUGGUUCCAAGCCGCGCGCCUUUCCCUUCUGCUGUUGCGUGGAAUCAACGCUCGCCCCGUUCUCCAAUGUUUGUCGCCCGAUAGUUCAUAGAGAGAUACGAGGAUCUAGCCUUCCUAGGCACUUGGCAGUUCCAUCUGGCCGUGUACUCUACGCGGACUCUAUAUGUUAAAUACCUAUGCUAUUUAUUGUACACUUAAAUAUUCUACGUAUUUUAGUUUUAUUUAAUUUAUUGUCCAAAGUAUAAAAAUACAAAAGAGAGAAAGUCUCUGUAUGAGUGUCCUUUAUAUUUAGACGAACGUUUUA